CUGUGAACAGUGAAUAGUCAUACACCAAUAGUAGUAGUUCAAUUUUCCACACCCGACGACCCUAUUUUUCAAAGUAAACAUGACGGACAAUUUCUUUUAAUUCGAUCGAUUGAAAGUUCAAUUUGGGAUUUGGGUUUUUGAUUUGAGUUGGAAUCGGUGGAUUAGAAGAUGAAUAAUAAUCAGAAGAGGAGGAAUUUCCAAAUAGAGGCGUUCAAGUAUAAGGUGGUGGUCGAUCCCAAUUACGCCGACAAGACAUGGAAGACAUUGGAGGACGCGAUUCAUGACAUAUACAAUCACAACGAUAGUGGUCUCGAUUUUGAAGAGCUUUAUAGAAAUGCCUACAAUAUGGUAUUGCACAGCUUUGGUGAGAAGCUGUACUCAGGACUUGUGUCAACAAUGACGUUCCAUCUAAAGAAGAUAUCAAAAUCUAUCGAGUCGGCCGAGGGUAGUUUGUUUCUGGAAGAGUUGAACAGGAAUUGGACAGAUCAUAAUAUAGCAUUGGAGAGGAUACGUAACAUACUGAUGUACAUGGACAGGACUUUCAUUCCAAGUACCCAUAAAACCCCAGUUCAUGAUCUUGGGCUGAAUCUUUGGAGGGACAACAUUAUACACUCCAGCAAAAUUCAGACAAGGCUUCUAAAUACACUUCUUGAACUGAUACUCAGAGAAAGGACAGGUGAAGUUAUUAACCGGGGGCUGAUGAGGAAUAUAAUUAAGAUGCUAAUGGAUCUGGGACCUUCCGUUUACCAAGAAGACUUUGAGAAACCAUUUCUUGAAGUUUCAGCUGAUUUUUACAGGGUCGAGUCUCAGAAGUUCAUAGAGUGCUGUGAUUGUGGGGACUACUUAAGGAAAGCUGAGAGACGCCUAAAUGAAGAAAUAGAGAGAGUGUCCCAGUACUUGGAUGCCAACAGUGAAGCCAAGAUAACUAAUGUUGUGGAGAAGGAGAUGAUUGCAAACCACAUGCUGAGACUAGUCCACAUGGAUAAUUCAGGCUUGGUGAGCAUGCUCCUUAAUGAUAAGUAUGAAGACUUGGGAAGAAUGUACAACUUGUUCCGGCGGGUUCCCGAUGGUCUCCCAAUAGUGCGUGACGUGAUGACUUCUCAGCCCAGUGUCACUUGCGACUUGUCUGCUGAAAUGUCGGCCCUGUGUGAGAAAUUUCUUGGAGAGUGAUAUGGCAGAUAGACGAUUGUACCGAUAUCUUGCCUGAAGAAACAGCUUUGGGUCCUACUUGUUUUGUGGGGCAGGUUGGUUCUACAAUUUGGAUUGUACCUUAAUUUUUAGUUGUUUUGCUUUAGCAGGAAAACUGAAUGAUCUCAAACUAUUAUGCGUAGAAGAUUGAAAAACAUGACCUGGAAGUUUUAAAUUUGGUGAUUAUUAGUUUGA